AUGCGUCCUUCCCAAGUCCUCAGCGCCGUCCUCAUGGGCGGCGGCGUUUCUGCCGCCGCCGUUGAAGUUGUCACGCCUCUCCGUACUUGUCUCAUCCCCGAGCCCGACAAGCGCAUCUGCUACUCUGAGGCCGGCGGCACCCCUCAGGGCCUGGACUUGAAGGAGGUCCAGUACACGGCGGACUACCUCCGCGCGUACCAGGAGCAGCAGCUCUCCAUCGGCGGAUCCCCCUUCUGGAAGAUGCCGCUGCCCGAGGCGAACAACUGCGGCGAGUGGCAAGUCACCAGCAAGGGCCGCACCUGGGUGAUGGCCAAGCUCGUCGGCGAGCAGCAGGCCGGGGUUCUCUUCUCCGACAUCGCCGCCACCAUCGACGGCUUCGCGCUCGAGGACCCCACGCGGGCGCUGCUGAACUGCAGCAACGCCGGCGGGCAGAUGGGCACCAUCGUCGACACGGAGAACCCGCUGUAUCAGACGCAGCUGUUUGAAGGUUUCACCAACAAGGGCAUUAUCAUCAAGCUGGUCAGGAGCCCCAUCUAA